AUGUGGCAACGUUCGAGGCGGGCAGUCCACCGGCUCAAGGUUCCGGCCGGACGCCGCGACGCGUCAAGUGGGAAUCACCAAGUCAUUUUCUCGGGCAUCCAGCCUACGGGAACACCGCACCUGGGCAACUACGCCGGUGCCAUCCGCCAAUGGGUGCAACUCCAAGCCAAGCCUUCUGAGAGCUGCAAACUUGUGUAUUCUGUCGUCGACUUGCACGCUAUCACCGUACCCCAGAACGCAAAACAGCUCAGGCAAUGGAAGAGGGAAACGCUGGCAGCUCUGUUGGCUGCAGGUAUCAACCCCGAACGCUCGACUUUAUUCUAUCAAUCAUCUGUCCCGGCGCAUUCUGAGCUCAUGUGGAUCUUGAGCUGUACAGCCUCGAUGGGUUACUUGUCACGAAUGACACAGUGGAAGAGCAAGCUGUCACUCUCAAAUGAUGCCACCAUUCUUGAUGAAGGUGCGAAAGCCUCGCUGAAGCUCGGCCUAUUCUCAUAUCCCGUCCUGCAGGCUGCUGACAUUCUCGUCCACCGAGCCACUCAUGUACCCGUCGGUGAUGACCAGAGACAGCACUUGGAAUUUGCUCGCGAGUGUGUAACAAAUUUCAAUCACAACUUCGGCCCUCUCUUGGUGUCUCCUGAGACCAUCACAUCACCGACACGCCGGGUUAUGUCGUUGCAACAACCAACCCAGAAAAUGUCGAAAUCCGCUAGGGACCCGAGGUCACGUAUCCUGAUCACCGACACGCCCGAAGAGAUCAACGUCAAGAUAAUGAGUGCAUUGACAGACUCCUCUAAUAAUGUUUCCUAUGAUCCGGCUGACCGGCCGGGGGUAUCAAACCUGUUGGAGAUCCUCUCUAUUUUUGAUGUUCAUACCAGGAACCCAGCUCAACUCGCCGACUCUUUUUCUCAUGCCUCUCUCAAAGAUCUUAAGCAAGCCGUCUCAAGGGCUGUCGUCGAGGGGCUUGGCGGAAUCCGUGAGCGCUACAUGGAGCUUCUGUCUGUUGACGAGGGGCGAUAUCUCGAUGCCGUCGAAGCAAAGGGUGCCAGCAAGGCCCGUCUCAAUGCCAACGAAACAAUGGCCCUAGUGAGAGAAGCCACGGGGCUGUGA